UUUAUUUGUUUUCAAGAAGUAUUAUGCGUUUUCACGCCAGUGUCGUGGAUGUGCUUUCUUUGUUGAUUGUCUCUCGGUACAUUAAAUGUAGUCUCUUUUCCUAAGGCAUGUGGAUACUGCUGCCGUACUGUUAUUCAUUUAAAUUUCCGUUGGAUAUUAUUGAGAGCGUCUCAGUUUCGUUGGAUGAAUUUAUAAGAAAACGUUUCACAGACAUACGCAUGUCAUUGUAGACAAGAACAUUGAUGCGAAUGUCAAUAUUCAGUCGAGGGUCAAGCAAGUCACAUAGACGAGCGUUACUUGUUUAUAAUUGAUUUUAUUUUGCCAAUUAUGUUUAGAAAAUUAUUUAUUCAAUUACUUUUUAUUUUUAGAUGAUAAUUUUUUUUCAAUAUUUCAUUGUUCAAAUUUUUUUUAGUUUCCUGAUGAAGUCGAUGCGAUGAAUCUCAUUUCAUUGCUCAAAGAAGAUAAUCUAUGUCCACUGCUUUAUUCUUGUAUACAUCGUGAUCAGCAUUAUUUUUAUUUAACAUAUUCUAAACGAAUUUUAAUUGAUUUUGAUACUCAAACUGAUUUGGCAUAUAUGAUGGCUGUGCUUCUAGCUGUUUAUUACGUACUUGACAUAAAAUAUCCACGACACAACAAGCCAAUUCUCGAGAUAUUCGAUUAUAUCGCACUUCAUGGAAAUGAUACCAACAUGAAGAUGAAAAGUUCGUUUCUCAAAAAACUAACUGUUGCUGCUCAAAAUAUCAUUGUUGAAUAUGAAAAAAAAAUGUUGGGAUAG